CAAAUAAAAAUAACUUAAUAUACAACAUUAGAUACUACUUAGAAAAGCCUUGCGCUUACAGGGCUUUAUGUGGUACAGGUGUGUCACUGAAUUUUAUUUUUGCUCCCACCAGCUGCACCUCUAGAGAAAGCCAUAGCUACACCAAUGCUGAGCAUUGUAAAGGCAAAACAAGAAUAAUGGGCAAGAAAAAUAAGGAUAAAACCACCGGUGCUGUAGAUAUCGUAAGUGACACACGAACACAUAAGAAGAGAAAACAUGUAAAUACUGAUGUUUCUAAUGUUGUUAUAAAUGAACCAGCACCUGGAAAGAGAUAUAAAACAAAUAAAAAUAAUGUUGUUGCGAAUGAUACAAAGCAAGAUUCAGACGAAAGUAAACAGACAAAUAAAAUCGAUAAACAUUUGAAUGCGGAUAACACUGACGUCAAUCUUGUAAGUGAUUCAAAAAAAGCUAAAAGAAAGAAAAAGGAUAAAACUGUGGCUGCCGCUAAUUUGUCGAUGCCAAAAAAUAAGAAAAUUAUUUUUGACGAUGAUGGACAUGGUGUGGUAAAUUCUCUAAAACCCAAAGACGAAAAUGCCAAGAAGAAAAAGCAAUUCCUGUCAGGAGAAGAAGCUGCUGUAAAGGAAGAAGAGAUUGAUAAGUUUUGUGACGAGUUGGACGAAGAAGAUAAUGCACAGUUUGACAAUUGGGUUAAGUUAAUAGAGGAAAGGUUGCAUCCGACAAAAAAAAAUAAAACUAGUUAAUUAA